UCUACUUCCUCCUUUUGCCAAGCUCAUUCCAGUCCUCUACCGCACCGACGGCAUUAGCAGAGCCAAGCCACAUCCAUAAAAGUGGAUUCAACUCUGCUUUCAGCGGCGCAAUCUAUCCAACUUGAGUUCCUUCGCUGCUUCUCCACCACCAUCUCUGUCUCAGUCUCAAUCUCAAACCUCAAAUCUCAAUCUUGCCCUAGCAACCGCAUUCCAUAGCCCAAUUGCCUCAAACUCCAUUUCCUCCAACCCUCAAAACCCACCGGUUUCCUUUACUCCUUCACAUUGAACUCUGUCAAUCUACACCUCUCUCGUCCAUAUGUGUAAAAUUUUAAGGAGAAGAGAUGUGAAAGAGCCCAUAGCUACCCCUCGCAGCCCUCGAACCCCACGACUUUCGAAAUGCUCCUCCUACCAGUCCAAGUCCCAGUCCCAGGCCCUGGAUUCUCGGACUCCUUCCAUGUCGUCUUCAACUUCGAGCGCCCAGCACUACAUCAGCGGAAGCAGGAGCAACAAUUCAAGCGCUAUUUACACCACCGGUUCCAUCAACAGAGGCUCCUUCGGAGCUUCGAUUUCCAGCAAAACAUCCCUUUCCAGCAUCCGUGAAUCCUUGCCUGAUAACCCCAACAUCUAUGAUUACUCCGAAAUCUGCGCCGCAACCAACAACUUUCUGGCCAAACGCUACUUCUCUUCGUCGGCCGCCUGGCGUUGCUCCCUCCACGACAAGGACGCCAUCGUCUUCCAGCGCAGGUUGCGACGCUCCAUAGAAGCUUCCAGGCUCCGCGAACGGCUAUCCUUGAUCUGCAGGAGCCAUCACGCCAGCCUGAUAAAACUGCUUGGCGCAUCCAUCUCCGGCAAUCACGUCUACCUCGUCUACGAGUAUGUAAACGGGGUCAGCCUCGCGGAUUGCUUACGGAACCCUAAAAACCCAAAUUUCACGGUCCUCUCCAACUGGAUGUCGCGAAUGCAGGUGGCCAUCGAUAUCGCCAAAGGGCUCGAUUACAUCCACAACUCAUUUGAGUUGAACCAGAAUUUCGUCCACAACCAUAUCAAGAGUACCAGCGUGAUCGUCACGGAUCAACCCUCGAUUCAUGCGAGGUUCUGUCAUUUCGGCACGGCAGAACUCUGCGGAGAGAUCCCCGAGUAUACAGAGAUGCCGAAAUCCUCGUCGUCGUUUUUGUCGAGAUUGAAGAGAGCAGGCAGCCAGAGCAUGAGAUUCGAAGGGACGAGAGGUUACAUGUCGCCGGAAUUUCGGGCGACCGGGAUCGGAACUCAGAAAUCCGACGUCUUUGCCUUUGGGGUUGUACUCUUGGAACUAUUAUCGGGAGAGGAGCCCUUGAGGUACAGAUUGGAUGGGGAGAAGAAGGAUUACAGAAGAGUCUCGCUGAUCGAGACGGCCAGGGAAGCGAUGGAGGAGGAGGAGGGAAAGGGUGAGGAGGAAGGUGAAGGUGGAGGGAGAGGGUCUGGGUGGUUGAGGACAUGGGUGGACCGGAGGUUGAAGGACUCGUUUCCGGUCGAGGUGGUGGAGAAUAUGACACGUGUAGCGCUAGAUUGUGUUGACGUGGAUCCAGAAAGGAGGCCUAGCAUGCGUGACGUGGGGGGGAAGAUCUCGAAACUCUAUUUGAAGUCGGAGAGGUGGUCCAAAUCCAUGGGUGGUCUUCCUACGGACAUCACCGUUUCUCUGGCCCCUCGAUAAGAGAACCAAGACCUUUUUGUUUAAGUUACGUAAAUGCCCUUGCUAAAUGGCCUAUUUCCAUUCAAAAAAAAAAAUUCAAUUUGGCCUUUUUGGUUUUCGUCAUUGAUGACGACCAUCAAUUGCAAAUUGCAAGCUAUUUUUCAAAUUACAAUAGUUUUUGUAAAUAGUAACUGUGGUUACAGGAUUACAGCACAGAUGAAGUGGACACUCACAUUACUUUUGUGUAUUUUAUGAUUGGGAUUCAUUUUGUUUA